UUGGUUUAUAUUAGCGGUGGAUGGAGCAUUCUGCUGGCCGCUGGUUGGAACCUGUUGCUCCGUAGUUCCGUGUUGUGCAAUGGACGGCAGUGUCCACCACGAUAUAACAGUUGGUACUAAGAGAGGAUCUGACGAGCUUUUCUCCAGCAUCUCCAACGGCCCGUAUAUCAUGAGCGCCACAGCCAAUGGCAAUGACAGCAAGAAGUUCAAAGGUGACAUAAGAGGUCCCAGCGUGCCAUCGAGGGUCAUCCACAUCCGAAGACUCCCCAACGACAUCACAGAGACCGAGGUGAUCAGCCUUGGCCUACCCUUUGGAGACGUCACCAACCUGCUGAUGCUCAAAGCCAAGAACCAGGCCUUCUUGGAGAUGAACUCAGAAGAAGUUGCUCAGAACAUGGUGGGCUACUACUCCACAGUCGUGCCCAUCAUCAGACAUCAUCCGGUCUACGUUCAGUUCUCCAACCACAAGGAGCUCAAAACUGACAACUCUCCCAACCAGGAGAGGGCCCAGGCAGCUCUCCGGGCCCUCAGCACCUCUCAUGUGGACGCAGCAGCGGUGGUGGCUCCAAGCUCAGUUCUGAGGGUGGUGGUGGAGAACCUGGUCUACCCCGUCUCCUUGGAUGCACUCUGCCAGAUCUUCUCAAAGUUCGGCACCGUGUUAAGGAUCAUCGUCUUCACCAAAAACAAUCAAUUCCAGGCUCUGCUGCAGUAUCCAGACGGAGCGUCGGCCCAAGCAGCCAAACUGUCUCUGGACGGGCAGAACAUCUACAACGGCUGCUGCACUCUAAGGAUCAGCUUCUCCAAACUUGCCAGCCUCAACGUUAAAUACAACAACGAGAAGAGUAGAGAUUUCACCAGGCCAGACCUGCCUUCCGGAGACAGCCAACCCACCAUGGAGCACCCAGCCAUGGCUACAGCCUUCACUCCUGGCAUCAUCUCAGCUUCACCGUAUGCCGGAGCGACUCACGCCUUCCCACCGGCCUUUACCAUCCAGCCUGCAAUGUCCUCCGCCUAUCCAGGCCUGACGAUGCCUGCUCUUCCCGGAUCAUUGGCCUCUCUCACCCUCCCAGCCGCCGCCAGGCUGGGAUUCCCAGCCAUCCCUGCCGGACACUGUGUCCUGCUGGUCAGCAACCUCAACCCCGAGAGAGUUACGCCCCACUGCCUCUUUAUUCUCUUCGGUGUCUAUGGAGACGUGAUGCGAGUGAAGAUUCUGUUCAACAAGAAGGAAAAUGCUCUGGUUCAGAUGAGUGACAGCACACAGGCUCAGCUAGCCAUGAGCCACCUGAACGGCCAGCGGCUGCACGGGAAGUCUCUUCGCAUCACGUUGUCCAAACACACCAACGUCCAGCUUCCCCGAGAAGGUCACGAGGACCAGGGCCUGACCAAAGACUACAGCAACUCCCCCCUGCACCGCUUCAAGAAGCCAGGCUCAAAGAACUAUUCCAACAUCUUUCCACCUUCGGCCACCUUACACCUGUCCAACAUCCCCCCUUUGGUGGUGGAGGAGGAUCUGAAGAUGCUGUUUUCCAGCUCUGGAGCGAUUGUCAAGGCCUUCAAGUUCUUCCAGAAGGACCAUAAGAUGGCUCUGAUCCAGAUGGGCUCCGUAGAGGAGGCCAUCGAGUCCCUCAUCGAGUUCCACAACCACGACUUGGGAGAGAACCACCACCUGCGGGUCUCCUUCUCCAAGUCCUCCAUCUGAGCCUCGGACUGCGUCUGGAUCCUCCUCAGAGAGCCAGGUCCACGGUGUCCACUACACUCCAAUCAUUCCAGCGCACAUCUGCAGAAACCGCCGUGAAGUCUGGUGUUACCUUAAAUUAUUGAUUUUUAAAACCUUCAGGCUCGUUACUGUCAGAGAGGAUUAGGGAUUCAAGAGAGUGGUCGUUCUCUGGAUCCGCAAAGCCAGAAUUUUUUAGAUUAUAGUCAGAAUUCACGCAAUGUCCUUCUGGUUGUGAAGCUGGUACCUCUUCAGCCUUUCAUGUCUUUCGAUUUUAACCCGAUACGAGGAGUUAAAGUCCGCCUUUUUAGAUGAUAUCAUGGAGCUCUGACUGAAAUUUUCCCAAUUCUGACUUUAUGACCCACUCAUCUGGGGCGUGUUGUUUUUCCGUAGCUUCCCCCUGGCUGAGCAGCAUGCCUACCUGUAAAAAGAUAAAUACAUAAAAACAGCCUGACGGCAUUCGGGAAGUUGUAGCUUUACCCUCCAAGUGUCAGAUCUCAAGCAGGCGUCCUUUAGAGGAGCCUGGUUAGACCUUCAGAGGAUCCCUGUGCCUUAUUCCUGGAGUCACAACGACCUCGAAUUUAAGGAAAACAAGCCUCUGUGAAUUGGCGAGAGCAGGUUUACAGUUGAUAAAGGUUUACUGUUGAGUUGUAUUACAGAUAUAUCCCUAUUUUAUGUGUAUGUUAUUGGUGUUGUCAGUACUUUCUGUUGGUGUUUUGUACUGCUGGCUACUGUAGUGUGAAACGUGAACUGAUUGUGUUUUAGCAGGUUUGGGUCUUUAGUCCUUGAUGCUCCUUUUUAUUUCUAUUACUCUUUGACUUUCCUUAUUUCCACAUAUGCAAUCAUGUUGUAAUCUAAUCAGAUAUUGUAGCAAUAUUUUAAUCAUUCCUGAAAUCUUUGGUUUAUUUUUUCUGGGCUGUCUUUGCUGCCUUCUGCGAUUCGCAGGUGAAUGUUUCUUUAGCUUUUCUUUUCUGUCGUGUUGCCUCUCUGAACAGUUUUAUUUAUAAGUUUGUGAUCCACUACAGCUGAAAACCAAAAAAAUGGCCUUUUAGAUGCAAACAAAACCACCUGCCUCAGGUUUAAGGACUUAAAACUAAGCAAAAGUUGGUGAAUAUGGAGAGAAAAUGGCCUCGGUGUAGUUAUGCAUGUGUUUGAAGCCCUCUGUGUAAUGGAAAAAAACCCACACGUGCACUCAAAUGUGAAUACUUUCCACAGAUUGUUGCCCCCAGCCUCACAGAUGUGGUCACUUCUUGUUCAAAAAGGCUCCUUAAAAUACGUGCACAUGCAUCGCUGAUGUGCACGGACCAGUUUACAAGGUCACUUUAGAUUUUGAGACUCUUGGCGUUUGAGUUGUGUGGUGCCUUCAAGUGUAUUUAAAAGCUGCCGGGACAUCUGAGUUUUCCAUACACUUGUGUGGUGUGUCGAAACAUUCUGUGAAGCGUUUUUCUGUGUAUGUGUGCCUUUAUUUAAUCUUUUGUUCACCCAAAGUUAUACACAACGAUUUCUAAACUCUUGUGAAACUGGGCCGAGUCCAUUUUCUCUCCACAGGUGAACUGGUUCCAACUUUCUUCUUGUUUUCCUGUGGGAAUGUUUUUAUUAUUGUCUCAACCACUUCACUGGAUUCAGUGUGGUUUCUAUUGCAAAACAAGAUGUAAACUAAGGUGCCUUCAACCCAGCACUGAGUCGUACAUCAGGCAUUAAUUCUGCUUUAUUCUGAGAUGAAAGUUUGGCGGGAAGAAGCCCCGCAGCACAUGCUGAAAAACAUUGAAACCAGGCCACUCUGGUUUGCUGUAUUUGUGUUUUAUUAUGAAAGCGUCAACAUUCCAGUUCAUUCCCCACCUUUAAAAAGAGACAAAACACUGCGCAAACUAGACAUUUCCCCCAAAUGAGCUGCUGGAUAUUAGUGAUGUGUUCAGUGCACCUGGGAAGACUUUGAGAGUUGGACACUUAAAAAAGAGAAUAAAUAGCAAGUGGUGUCCCACCUCAGACGACGACUCCUUCAUUUCAAGAGAGAAUCCAUUCGGGUCCUGUCUAAUCCCAGAGAGCAGUAACUGAAGCCCCAUUUCACCUGGAUUGGGCAAAACCGACCAAAAAUUAGGCUUAAGCAGUACUUACAAAUGAUACAUGUAAACCCAACCACCAUUUAAAUCUGAUCUUUGUAAGUAGAUUUUCAUUACAAACCUUUUUAUUUUUUUUAAAUAACAUGCAUACUUUCACAUACAAACAUCUGUAUUUAGAUGAUUACUUUGCGCAUAAUGUUUGACUAAUCAACUAACACAUACUAACUUUUCUCAGUUUUAAGUAUCUAGUGCUUUCAUUGGUAGUCUGAGGUAAUCAGGCCUCACCCACCACCAGGGAAGAUACUGUUAUUUUUGGUUAAUCGUUUAAAGUGCUAUAUGUGAGUUCUCUGAGACUUUAUCGAACUCAUUUUACUGGAUUUCAGAAUUUUGAAGCAUCACCAAGAUGGAGCGGUUAAAUUUACCACUGAAAACACUCCGAGCUGGACCUUUUGCUCACACGGCUUCUCCCAGGUGUACUUGAACGCAUCACGAGCCUUGGGUUUCAGGUGAGGAGGGAGCUACAGCAGGACAGGGGUCUGUUCGACUGUACAUAUGAGUUUUAUACACAGUUGUCUGAGAGGCGACAAUAGUCGGUUUUAUAUCUGAUGAGACGUGUAUAUUUUGAUUGUGCGACCAGUUCUGAGCCUUACACUGUUUGUGUCACAAAGAGAAGAGAAACAGAUUAAAUCACUUUUUACCUAAAACUCAGUCUGCUAUUUGUUCAACAACUCUCUGAAUGUUGUAACUACUGUUCUUAAGAAAGAGGAGAGGAGA